AUGAAGGCUGUGUCAACAGUAGUGUUUGGGCUUGGCCUAAUAGAAGUAAUCAACUACAAAUUUUUGCGUUUUGCUGCUUUGCAAGUUGGUUACUAUAAUGGAAGCAAGGGAUGUGAUGCUUCGAUACUCCUAGAUGGCAAUACAACAGAGAAGAAUGCAUCUCCAGACCUAACUGUGAGAGGUUACAGUGUCAUUGAUAAUCCAAAAUCAGCUCUAGAGAGUCAAUGUGGUAAAGGGAUUGUCUCCUGUGCUGAUAUCAUUAUCAUGGCUGCUAGAGAAGCUGUUGUUUUGUUGCCCUAUAUUCACCAAGUUGUUCAUCCAAUAUUUGGGAUGACGAAGCCACCUUGCAACCUUGUACCCAUGGGGAAGAAGAAAUCCCGCCCUCCCCAUUCUUUCCAGAAAAGAAAUAGAAAUAAACAUAGUAGAAAGAAGGAUAGAGUCCUUUGUAGGGAUUGCAGAUAUAAGGUGUUCAAUCAGGAAUCACCACCACUACCGGUAGCACCAACAAUAGGUGCUAAGAAGAAUCCAAUCAUCAUAGUCGAGAGUGAGGAUGAUAUACCAGCACCAAAUACUCCGACAACAAAAAAUGAAGGAAAAAAGGCAUCCCUUUCUCCAACAUCCGUACUAAAGGGAAAGAAGGUUGCUGGGCAGUAG